AUGUACAGACCCUCCAUUUCUCUUCUAUUUAUAGCAGUAUCAGUUCUUGAGAUUUCACAAGCAAAGAAGAUGGGUUGCCUAACAUUGGCUUAUCAGCUUCUCUUCCUCCAGUUAUUGCUCUUAUAUUCUCAAACUUCCGCAGCACUCUGCUCUUAUUAUCAGAGUAUUGCAUUGCUCCAAUUUAAGCAACACUUUUCUUACAAGAAUUUUCUUUCUUACUUCGAUUGUGAUGUUGUAAGAGAUUUAUCCUUUCUGGGAGAUGAGAACCCACCUUAUUGUGAUGGAAGAUGUCCUUCUUAUCAAAAAACAGUGUCUUGGAAAGAGGAUACUGAUUGCUGCUCCUGGGAUGGUGUCACUUGUGACAUUUUAACUGGUCAUGUAAUUGCCCUUGACCUUAGUUGUGGGUGGCUUCAUGGCAAUAUUCCUUCCAACAGUAGCCUCUUUCUCCUUAAUCAUUUGCAAAGGCUCAACCUUGCUUUCAAUGAUUUCAAUCUCUCUCAAGUUUCUUCUGAUUUCAGUCAAUUACCUAGUUUGACGCACCUCAACCUCUCCAAUUCAAACUUUAGUGGUAAAAUUCCAACUGAGAUCUCCCACUUGUCUAAUUUGGUUUCUCUUGACCUCUCUUUAUUUGAAGGAAAUUCCCUCAUGAGACUUGAAACAGCUAUUUUUCAAGGGUUAGUUGAAAAUCUUACUAAACUAACGGAACUUCUUCUCGAUUAUGUGGAUAUGUCUACAAUAGUACCUAGUUUCUUGACCAAUCUGUCUUAUUCUCUGACUUCUCUGAGCCUUAAUUAUUGUGGAUUACAGGCGAACAUCCCAGAUCACAUCUUUCGCUCACCAAAUCUGCAGUUCCUUAGUUUAAGAGGUAACCUCAACUUGACAGGUGUUUUUCCUAAGGUUAACUGGAGUAGCCCCCUUAAGUUUAUGGACGUUUCUGAUAUGAGUUUGACUGGGGAAUUACCUAACUCAAUCGGCGAUCUCAUGUCUUUAUACCAUUUGCGUCUCUUUUACUGCAAUAUAGUGGGGUCAAUUCCUAUGUCGCUUGGCAACCUUACACAACUUACUUACUUGAGUCUCUCAAGUAACAAUUUCAGUGGUCAUAUCCCAUCAUUUCUGUCAAAUCUUGUCCAGCUCCGUCGUUUUGAUCUUUCAAUGAAUAACUUUGUUGGUGAGUUUCCAGAUAUUUUCGUCAACUUUAGCCAACUUUCCCAUUUAGACCUCUCAGGGAAUCAAUUAUCUGGUCAAAUUCCUUCUCAUGUAGUCGGACUUCGAAAUUUGGUUGUCAUUUCAUCAUCCGAUAACUCUCUCAAUGGAACAAUACCAUCUUGGUUAUUUACUCAUCCUUUUUUGAAGAUGAUGGAUCUUGGAUAUAACCAAUUAAUUGGCCAUACUGAUCAAUUUCAGAGUAAUUCAUUGCAAUGGAUUUCAAUAGAUGAUAAUAGACUGCAUGGCUCAAUUCCAAGUUCAAUCUUUGAACUUGAUCUAUUUUAUCUCUCUCUUUCUUCAAACAAUUUGAGUGGAAUUGUAGAGCUUCACAUGUUUUCAAAGCUCAAAAAUCUUAAAAUCCUUGAUCUUUCUCAUAACAGUUUAUCUGUUAGCACCAAAUUCAUAGCCAAUUCAUCCUUCUCGCAACUUGCUUCUUUGCGAUUAUCCUCUUGUAACAUAAGUGAAUUCCCAGGCAUCUUAAGAAGUCUAGACCACUUAGUUGAGCUAGAUCUUUCUGAAAAUAACAUCCAUGGUCAAGUUCCCAACUGGAUGUGGAACACUAGUCAGGAUAGUUUGCGCUGGUUAAAUCUUUCCCACAACUACCUGACAAGCAUGGAGCAGCUUCCAUGGAAAAAUUUGAGAUAUCUAGACCUUCAUUCCAACUUGCUCCAGGGACCAAUUCCAAUUCCACCACCCUACUUGGGAUUAUUUUUGUUGUCAAAGAACGAAUUGACUGGGGAGAUACCUCACUUGAUCUGUAAUAUGAGCUAUGUAGAAAUUUUAGAUCUUUCAAAUAAUAGGUUAAGUGGUAUAAUUCCAGAGUGUAUGGGAAAUUUUAGCAGUCUUCAUGUGUUGGAUUUGCGGAAGAAUAGCUUUUAUGGCUCCAUUCCUGGAACAUUUGCCAAGGGAAAUGUUUACAGGACCCUUAACUUGAACGACAAUGGGUUGGAAGGACCAGUUCCACGAUCUUUGCUCAACUGUUCAAAUCUCGAAGUUCUAGAUCUUGGAAACAACAAGAUAAAUGAUACAUUCCCAUAUUGGUUGGGAAAUCUUCCAGAGCUACGAGUUUUGGUUCUUCGUUCCAAUAAGUUUUAUGGUUCUAUACGGGAUUGUUCCAAGACAAACAAGUGUUUUCCAAAGUUGAGAAUCUUUGAUCUCUCAAACAACAGCUUCAACAAUUUUUUGCCUACUAUGUAUUUCAAAAACCUUGAAGCCAUGAUGGAUGUCGGUGAAGAUGAAAGGGAAUUGAAAUAUAUGGGUGAAGAUUAUUAUCAAGAUUCUGUUAUCUUGACAUGGAAAGGGCAUGAAAUUCAACUAGAGAGAAUUAUUACUACUUGCACCACCAUUGAUUUUUCAAACAAUUACUUCCAUGGAGAGAUUCCAGGAGUGAUUGGAAACCUUCAUGCACUUCAUCUUCUCAAUCUUUCUCAUAACAAUCUAUCAGGUUGUAUUCCAUCAUCUUUUGGAAAUUUAGCUGCCCUUGAAUCGUUAGACCUCUCUUCCAACAAGCUUACUGGGAAAAUUCCAUGGCAGUUGGCAAAUAUAAAUUUUCUUGGAUGGCUAAACUUAUCUCAAAACCGACUCAGCGGACCUGUACCUCGAGCUAACCACUUUGAUACCUUCUCAAAUAAUUCAUAUGAUGGGAAUUUGGCAUUAUGUGGAUUUCCUUUGUCACAGAAAUGUGGCACUGAUGAUGGGAAACCGCAACCACCAUCAACAUUAGAAGAUGAUGCAGAGUCCUCAAGUGGAUUCGGUUGGAAAGUGGUAUUGAUGGGGUAUGGAUGUGGAAUGGUAUUAGGGGUGACGAUGGGAUAUCUUGUGUUCUCAACAGGAAAGCCUCAGUGGGUUAUAAGGAUGGUUGAAGGAGGACACCCAAGAAAGGGGAGAAGGCUGAAGAACAAACGUGGAGGAAGUUGA